AUGGCCUCCGAUGCAGGCACCCCUCCCCCUCCAAGGGAGCCUACUCCAGGCGGCUCCCUGCCCUCUUCGACCGCCGUUCCAUUGAAGCGACCUGCUCUCGAAGAAGACUUUACACCCUCGGUUCCCUCUCCUCUCAACCCAGACGUCAGAUCUACACCGAAACCACCAGGCGCAGACGAGAUGCCGGCGAAGCGCAGCAAGAAGGAGACGCUGAAGAAGCGCGAGUCCAAGGGUGUCAGCGACAGCAACCGUGGCACUCCUGACCCGAAGCAUAAGGAGCCGAAGCAGAGUGACUACAGUCCCAUGCGCUACAAGCUGGCGCCGCCCAAACCCUCCGAUUUUGAGCCUGCGAAGCCCCCAAUCUUCAUCCACCACCAUGACGUUCCUGCCCUCGACGGAAGCCAGGUCCAGUUCUACGAGACUUCAGAGCAUGUACAUAACAAGAAAAGCUAUCACUACACCCACUGCAUCGCGGACCCCGAGUUCCCCUCGUCGCUCUACUACCGCGGCACGGAAGCGGAGCCCUUCGGUCCCCAUCUGGCGUUCGAGGACAGCGCGACACACCUCUUCUUUGACCAGUCUGGUCGCCAUAUAACGACCGAGAAGGGCUUCCGCAUGACGCGCGCGAAUGUGGCGAUCCGAGAGGGUCGCUUCUACUGGGAGGUCAAGAUCACGAGGGGCAUGGUCGACAAGAAGGACGGCGAGGACAAGCCCGAGUCGCAUGGCCACGUGCGCAUGGGAUUCGCGAGACGAGAAGCGUCAGUGGACGCCCCCGUUGGGUUCGAUGCCUACAGCUACGGUUUCAGAGACGUUGGCGGCGAGAAGGUGUACAUGUCGCGGCCAAAGGCCUUCUUUCCCGAGGGCGAGGGUAUCCGAGAGGGAGACGUCAUCGGCCUGGAGAUUCAGCUGCCCUCGGAACGAUUGCAGAGAAAGGUACUGGCCGGUCAAUACAACCCGGCCGUGGACACGGGCAUCGACGACGAUAGCUUGGCCUUCGAGGCUCCGAACAUUGUCCGCGACCGCAUCCCGAUCCGCUUCAAGUCGCACAUCUACUUUGAGAAGAUCGACUACCACACCACCAAAGAGCUCGAGGACCUCAUGAACCCCUCGCCUGUGUCUUCCGGACCCGCCAACUCUGUCGAGGCGCCUCACCCCAACCACCCCGUCCCCGCCCUCCGAACGCUGCCACACUCUCACAUCAAGGUGUACAAGAACGGCAUCGACAUGGGCACGGCCUUCCACGACCUCCUCGCGUUCCUCCCGCCAGCAUCGAAGCCGCAGUCUAACAUUGGCGCGCGCGAUGGCCUGGACAACGGCAUGCUUGGUUACUACCCCGCCGUCAGCGUUUUCAGGGGCGGUGCCGCCGAGGUCAACUUUGGCCCCGACUUUUGGUACCCUCCUCCAGGCAUCGCGGGUCCGGCCGACGACGUGGACAUGGUCAACGGCGGGCAGGAUGAGACCAAGAAGUUCGACUAUCCGGCCCUGGACGAGAUCCGACCGGUGUCGGAGCGGUACACGGAACAAAUCGUGGAGGACAUCGUCUACGACAUCAUCGACGAGGUCGACUUUUGGGUCCAAGACGGCUGCAAGAUCAUUGACCGCUUCGGCCAGGGCGAGAAGGCCGGUCAGACGGGUAUCGCGCCCACGGGUCGCGACGAGAUCAAGGAAUUGGUGCAGGAUGAUUAG